AUGACAGAACGAGCUGUAAUCCCGGCGGAAAGUCGUUUUCGGCGCGCCUUGUACGCGCUCCCAUUCCUUGCCAUAACGGCCCUCAUGACACGAGCAUUCGGAAUGGCUGAACCUAUCGGUCCUGUCAUUGAAGAAAUGGUAAAAACUUCUGUCUUUACUACGUCGAGCGCCAAUAUUCCCAUCAUAAAAGGCUUCUAUGGAAUAUCGGUCUUGGAUGGCAUUUUUAAUGUCGUGACCGUGGCAUUUGCCAAUCUUCAGUUCUAUUUCGAUGAGAAAGCAUAUUGGCAAUCGCUGGUGUUUCUGACCGAUUUCGCGGGCAUUAAGUUUAUGAACCUGUUGAAAAUGAUCGCCAUUGGAUGCACUGCACCCAUCUUCUUUUUCCUAGCUUAUGUCUUUACACCUGCGUAUAAGCUCACUACGCCAAGUCUGGGCCGUCUCAGCGUUGGAACUUGCAAGGCUAUUUAUGUAGCGAUCAUACUGGGAUAUUACGUUCCUCAUUUCCCUUCUUACUUCAAUGCUUCCCUCGAACGAAGAAAUUGGUGGAAUUGGAUCUGGCAGCUGUUCCCUGUCUGGUGCUGCAGCAUUACGUUUGCUUUCUCCAAGGUCUUUGCUCGUAUGAACAAGUCCAAUGGGAAACUCAAUCCUGAGCGUGACGCGCUUCGAAUCCUGAUGGGAGGUUGCAGCGUCCUAAGUAUGGGAGUAUGGUGGUAUACUGUUGCAUCCAUGAAGGGCUCUAUCUUUGAGGUGUUUGUGCCACAGUAUCUGAUUACUUACCCACAGGAACCUAGCCUUGGGUUGAGGACGGUAAUUCAGUUCGAUUACAUUUGCUGUUACGCAGCAGGCUAUAUGUGGUUGGCAUAUCACUUUCGAGACCUCGAAAAAGUGGGAGUUUGCAGCAUUUCUUGGGUUCGAGCUAUCAGUGUUACUGUUGUGCUGGGCUUUUUGGUUGGGCCGGGCACGUUGUUUCCCAUUCUGUGGUUGCUGAGAGAGGAGUUGCUGAUGGCGGCGAAUGGAGAAGAGAUGAAGGAAGCUCGUGAUUGA